GCUCCAACGACGCACCUACUCCAAACGCUCGCAAUUCAUUAUCCUUCUCCAUUGACCCUUCUCUCCAACCAAUUCUAAUUCAAACCUUCCUCUAUCGAUUCUUCUCACUCCUUUGUUCUACCGUCAAAUCCCACUAACCACCGUACAAGAAUUUUGACGAUGGCCUGAGUUAUCCUAUUGCGAGGACAUCUAUAUUCUAUACUAUAAUACUAGACGUUCCUCUUCGAAAACUAAAUCACGCGGAAAAACAUUUCAUAGAAGUUAAUUGAUAUCUUCUUCCCUUUUAUUUUUCUUUCAUUUCAAUAUAUAAACAGGAAAAUUUGAAACCCUACAUGUGGGCCACGUGGCACCCUCUUGUUAGUCGACCGUUAUAUUAUUUUCGACUUCAAAGCAUUACAAUAGAGAUUCCCCCCGCAAGAAGAGUAAGAACAAGAACGAAAGAGAGAGAGGUCCCGGCCCCUCCUUCCCCCCUUCUUCCCUUUUCAAAUUUUAGCGGCGUUGUUUUUGUUCCAUAGUAAUUUGAAUUUCUCCUCUCUUCCUCGUUCUUCCAUUCUUCUCUAAUGGCGAUCGCUCCUCCUCCUGAUUCCCAAUCCAACCACCAGCACCAGGCUGCUGCUGCUACUUCGGCGGAAGAUACGGCCGGCGGAGAGAACAACCAGACGAGGAGAUGGACUCUCGCCGAUUUCGACGUCGGGAAGCCCCUCGGCCGCGGCAAAUUCGGCCAUGUUUACGCCGCUCGUGAGAAAAGGAGCAAUCACGUCGUGGCCUUAAAAGUGCUGUUCAAGAACCAGCUCCAGCAAUCGCAGGUGGAGCAUCAACUCCGCCGUGAAGUUGAGAUCCAGAGUCACCUUCGUCACCCAAACAUUCUCCGUCUCUAUGGCUACUUCUAUGACCAGAAGCGAGUCUACUUGAUACUAGAGUACGCAGCCAAGGGUGAGCUCUACAAAGAGCUUCAGAGGUGCAAGUACUUCAGCGAGAGGCGUGCUGCAACCUAUGUUGCGUCGUUGGCUCGAGCUCUGAUAUAUUGCCAUGGGAAGCAUGUCAUCCAUCGUGAUAUCAAACCAGAGAAUCUCCUUAUCGGUGCCCAGGGUGAGCUCAAGAUUGCUGAUUUCGGCUGGUCUGUGCAUACUUUCAACAGAAGGCGGACAAUGUGUGGUACAUUGGACUACCUCCCACCUGAAAUGGUGGAAAGUGUUGAGCACGAUGCUAGUGUCGACAUCUGGAGCCUAGGUGUGUUGUGUUACGAGUUCCUCUAUGGUGUUCCCCCUUUCGAGGCUAUGGAACACUCUGACACAUACCGAAGGAUUGUGCAAGUGGAUCUCAAGUUUCCUCCCAAGCCAAUUAUAUCUGCUUCUGCAAAAGACCUUAUUAGUCAGAUGCUUGUCAAGGAUUCAUUUAAGCGGCUGCCAUUACACAAGGUGCUUGAGCAUCCAUGGAUCAUUCAGAAUGCCGAUCCCUCUGGUGUCUACAAGGGUUGAUGUGUUUAGAGUUAGAUGGCUGCUGCUAAACCUAUUCCCUUCAUCAAUGUAUGAGCUUCAAGACUCCAGCAUAAUCUCUUUGCAGUCACAUUAGAAGAGCCUCAAGACACCAGCAUUCUUUGUACUAGUUACAGACUCGGAGGAAAAAUGACCAUAUCCCCUUCUUUCGCCAUGUUAUCGAUUAUCGAUGAGGGGAUGAAGUGUUACAAUUUACUAUGUAAUUCAUUCAUUUGGGCAAUAUCUAUAGCAAAAGAAAUCGAUCUUCUGUAAUCAUUCUUGCCUACCAGUUACCAGUGUGUUUCUGAGAUUAGUUUUGCCUUUCCCUCAUUUAAAGGGAACUACUUCUCGACAAGUUCUCAAGCCUUCGUCUAAUCAAUCCAACGAAAGAACGCACGUUAAUCCACGUAUGAUAAACAUUUGCAUACAGA